GGAAGCGUGUUGUCGGAGCGGCGGAGCAGCCAAAAGUGGGUUGUUGAUCAUCGGCCGAACAAUCAGCAUGUCUAAUCCGUGAAAGUGGCGCGCCUGCACCGUCCGGCUGUGCAGCCAUCACCCUCUGGGCACAGAGGCCGAUCGGAGGUACAUCCUCCUCGGCUGGUGUGGCCCAUCUUUCACCUUCUCAUGGUGGGCCUUAAUUUGACGGGCGGUUCUUCAGUAGAAAACAACCAAGGCACCCCCAUGACACCUCACCUCUCAGUUGUUGUGAACUGUGAUUCCCAGCCCAAGUCUCAGCCCGAGUACUAUGGCAAUGCAUGAUAUGAGUCGAGCAAAGGGAGUCCCCUGUAAACAGUGUGAUAUGGUCUGUCCAAGUACUCCAAGUCUACUAGAGCACAUGAAAGCACACUACCAGCAGGAAGACAGCGGAAGAUUCGAGUGCGAACAGUGUGGGCGGAUCUACAAGCACGCAGCCAGCCUUGCCAAUCACAAGAAAUCUCACGAGGUGGGUUCAUUCCAGUGUCCAGUUUGUACCCGCACACUUCCAAAUGCAGUCGCUCUGAAGAACCACCUACGUAUCCAUACUCUGUCCCCCAGUAGUGCCCACCCAGAGGAGGAGACUGAGGAAGUACCAGAAGAGGGCGCCACCGACGAGAGGGACUUCAGUCUCACGCAGGACCAUGCUGAGGGGUUCGGACGCCCUCAUUUGAAUAACAGCGUAUUACAAGACCAUCAGUCGGUUGACACUGCAAAGAAAAACUCCCAAGGAUCAGACGACUCGUGGGACAGACCUUUUAAGUGUGACCUGUGUGACCGAACCUACCGCCACCACGGUAGCCUGGUAAAUCACAAGAAGUGUCACCAGCAAGGGACUUUUAAGUGUUCUGUCUGUUCAAAACAGUUCAGCAACCUGGCGUCACUCAACAGCCACGAGAGAACCCACUCAAAGUUCAAGGCGCCUGGAGCCUCCAUGGUGAGCAGUGGUGGCGGCAACACACAGUCGGCUCCAGCAAACGACGCCACCUCAUGUUUCUGCCACCUCUGCCAAAUUGCACUGCCCAGCAAGGCGGAAUUCCAGGACCACAUCCUCCUUCACAACUCUGCAUCGCCUUCUCUGGGGCUUCCUCGCAGCUUCCCUGGCAUCAUGCCUCAUAAUCUGAGCACUGUUCGAUCUCCCACCUACACCCCAACCCUGGGUGACCCCCUGCCUCUCCCGCCAUUGUCCAGUGACAAGAGAGGUCCAUAUGACCCAAUCAUGGGCCCAGCUGUCAACAACCCCAUCUACACAUGCGCGUAUUGUGGGGCUGGGCACCCGGAUCUCGAGAGCUUGAAGGUCCACUACCUGACUCAUGACCCUCAUCCUGCAGCUCAUAGCCAAGAAAAUUCAAUCCUUAACUCGGACUCACUCAGCACUGGUUCCCAGGGUUCUGUGUCGUCCCCCUCUGGUGGGCGUGUACAGCAAACCAACUCUCCAGAUGACGGGGAGAGGCGCUUUAAGUGUGGAGAAUGUGGCAAAAGUUACAGGCACGCUGGCAGCCUGGUGAACCACAAACGCUGCCACCAGACAGGCCACUUCCAGUGCACCAUUUGCUGCAAGCAGUACCCACACCUUGCCGCACUGCACAGCCAUCUUCGUAGCCACAAGGGACGCCACGGCAACUCCUCAAUGAAUGAGAGUAAUGAUUGGCUCUCACCAGAACCUUUGACUAUGGACUCCCAGCAGAACUAUGUGCAAGAAGGCAAUGGUGCUGCAACACCCAUCUCUCUGCAAGGAAAUAUGGGCGACUCUCACUUUAGUCAAGAUGGAGGCCACAGCAGUGGGUUGGAUUCCCUUGAGUUCCAUGAUCGUUUCGACGGCAGCUCGCUUUCCCAGAGCAAUUCGGCUCAUCGGCAGGCUGACCGACACAUGUGUGCCGACUGUGGUGAGAUGUACUCUGACGUGUCUGGGAUAAAGUCCCACUUGUGCCCUCGCCGGGGGCAACAGCAGGGAAACAUGUCCAAUGGAUUCAUAGGAAACAUGAACUACCACGGCUCUGGCCCUUCCCCUCUUCCGGCAAGCAAUUCCAGCAGUCUGAAAGAGGGCACCAGCCCGCGGCAGUUUUCUCAGAGUGGAGCCAAGAGGAUGGGCAGCAGCAACGACAAGGAAGAGGAUGAUGGGGAGGUUUACCAGUGCUCUGUUUGUGGCAACCACUAUGCCAGCCUUCGAGCGCUCCGUAGCCAUCUGCGCAGUCAUGCCAAUAACCCCACCGCACCAGGACCCUCCAACCAGGGACAGGAGUGGCGGAUCAUCUGCUCGACAUGUGGACAGAGCUUCUCCAGGAAACAAGACCUUCUGAAUCACCAGUUGGUCCAUGGACCACAGAGACAGGAUGGCCAGCAGAGCAUCAGCGGUGCCUCGACGAACGGCAGUGAUAAGGUGGAUGGACGGAGCCACAUCUGCGUGGACUGCGGGAUGUUCUUUGCUGACCGUCACCACCUGGUCACUCACUUGUGUCCUGGCAAGAACCGAGCAGAAUCGGUGGGCAAACAGAACCUGAAUGGCUCCAAAGGCAUGUCCGCCGGAGACGGUGUCAUUGGGGGCAUUGGUGGAGGAAGCCGUGAUCUAAGUGGAGAUUCGCGGAGGCAAAUGGUGGACCAGAGUGACAAACCACACAAGUGUGACCAGUGUGGCCGAGGCUAUCGACACCCCUGCUCCCUCCUCAACCACAAGAAGUCCCACAAGACUGGUGUGUUCCGCUGCCUUGUAUGUCAGAAGCGUUACUACAACCUUCUGGCCCUCAAGAAUCACCAGAGGACCCACUUUGACCUGAAACGGCACAAAUGUGAAGAAUGUGGAAAAGCCUUCAAGAUCCAGAAACAACUGAUCAACCAUCUGCGGCUGCACGAGGAACACCGUGCCAAAGGUCUUGUCCGGACCGGCGCUAAUGGCGCACGCUUCCAGCAGCCCGGCCCGUCGCAAAUGCAAACCAUGAGGGGAGAGUCCUCAAAGGGUCCAAUGAUGGGCGUCAAGUACCAGCAAGGGUUCAAGAAACCCUACUCUUCUGCUGGCACAUCCAGACCGCAGAAGUUUGACCCGGCGGAAUCCGGCCGGCGACCCUUUGCCUGUGAGGAAUGUGGAAAGACGUACCGUCAUGCUGGCAGCCUGGCCAACCAUAAGAACCUGCACAAAAUAGGUGAGUACCACUGCAAUGUGUGCAACUCCACCUACCCCAACCGGCUGGCCAUGAAGAACCAUCUGCGGCUGCACUUUGCCCAAAAGAAGCACAACUGCCAAGAGUGCGGGAAGGGCUUCCGCACGCAGCGCCAGCUUGCCACUCACACCACAGCUGGCCUCUGCAAGGGGCCUCAGGGUCCCGGGGCCCAGAUGGACUUCGAGUGCGACGGUUGCUGUGAAGGCUUCGCGACAGCAGAUGAACUGGCCGGCCAUGACUGCCCUGCACAGCAUCUGCCGUCGUCCUCAACCACCAGCAGCUCCACCACCAUUAACAUGGAGCGGAGCUCAGUGGACCUGGACUCAGAUGAGCGUCCCUACGCCUGCGAUCUCUGCAGCUGUGCCUACAAACAUGCUAGCUCGCUCUUGAACCACAAACACACACACAAGACUGGAAACUUCCGCUGUAACUUCUGCGAUAAACCGUACACCAACUACAUGGCGCUGCGCAACCACAUGCGCAUCCACACGCAGCGUAAGAAGCACAUAUGCCACACCUGCGGCAAAGCCUUCCGCCUCGCCCGAUUCCUACGAAACCACCAGAAGGUGCACGAAGAGGGUGCCACACCCUUCGGCUGCCCCACCUGUGGGAAGAGCUUCCAGGGCAGGUCUGGCUUGGCCCGCCACCGCUGUGGGGAAAAUCAGGUGGGCAUGGAGGUGAGGAGAAAAACUCCAGUUGGUCCAGUAGAGGGCGAUGAGUGUCGGUACACGUGUGACCAGUGCGGUCGCUCCUAUCGCCACGCCAGCUCCCUUCUCAACCACAAGAACACACACACUGUCGGCAUCUACCACUGCGCCGUGUGCCUCAAGACCUACUCCAACCUGCUCGCCCUCAAGAACCACCGUCGGAUUCACUCAGAGACGCGGCGCCACAGGUGCCACGACUGCGGGAAGGCCUUCCGUGUGGCAUCACAGCUGUACAACCAUCGGCGGGUGCACCAGAAGCAGCAGGAGCUGACGUGCCGCUCCUGCCAGCGCUCGUUUCCCACACAAGCGAGCUUCAGACUUCACAUGGAAAUCAGCCACGGCGAGGCCCCGCAGCCCCGCCAGCCCAGAGACCUGCAGGCCCGGCCAGGGAGCUCCCACGAGCUGGGCUGGGGCUCAGGCUUGGACCUCACUUUGAUGCAGGAGCAGGGACUCCAGCCUGGAGAUUUGGUCAAAGGAGGGCGCGAGGCAGUGGUGAAGUCCCACGUGUGCGACCAGUGCGGCCGGACCUACCGCCACGCCAGCUCCCUGCUCAACCACAAGAACAGCCACAAGACCGGCACGUUCUUCUGCAGCACCUGUCAGAAGGAGUUCCCCAACCUGAUGUCCCUGAAGAACCACCGUCGCAUCCAUACAGAGCCGAAACGCUACCAGUGUCCCGAAUGUGGGAAGUCCUUCCGGGUCUCCACGCAGCUGAUCUGCCAUCGCCGCAUCCAUACCAAAGAGAAGCCCUUCACCUGCCCGCAGUGCGACAAGCGCUUCUCCUCGCGAUCCAACCUGCGUCACCACAUGAAGGUGCACUGGAGCGGCUCCGCCAGGCCCCCAGCAGUCAGUAUGGCUGGACCUACCUUUCUUAGCAUGUCAGGCGGACCUUUUGUAUGAGAGCAACAUCAGGAACAGGGCAGGACAGAGGCUAAACUACCCUGCUCACCCAUGAACCUGAGUCAAUAGAACUUUAACCGGUCAUGGAGUAAGCUACGAAAGUCAGGCGUAGACUUUGACAGCCACAUGAACUCGGCGCUUCUGCAGUGUUCCAGACCCAGGUUCUUGUGCGGGACCUGAUGAUGGCUGUGUCGCCUUCACUCACAUCAGUACUGUCGUGGCCUUCGCCAUGUCUGUUAUCUUUUAUUUAACUUUCACAGUGAGUGUGUGUCACACAUACAGACUCGGCUGCAGCUUCUUUCAAAGUUUACAUUUCAAACCUCGUCCCUCGAGACCUGAUGGACCUUAGUGACUCUCACAGACACUCGCACAACACAGUGUUCCUGAAAAUUGGAAAUGCUCGGGGUCGACAGCAAAAUGAUGUAUGAGAGUUCCGCCAGCGUGUUGUUCCACUUCAGACCUCCACCUGCCAGACAGCCAGGGCUCAGUGUCCGGCCUCCUGGUGCAGCUAGACUGACUGACUGCCGAGUGUGUACAUGUGAUCUGCCGCUCCUCAGAUGAUGUCAUCACAUGUAAAUGGUUUGGUCUGUAUCCUAUCCUCUUCCUGUUUUGGAAGAGAGCAAUCGUCCUCAUCCUAGAAAAGACUGUCGUCAUGGCGACGUGUAGGUGUGUUGAUGUCGCCCCCCCCCUCCACGUGACCCCCUGAUGGCGCGCCCGACCCCUCUGUCCCCCUCUAGUUACCUCUUCUAUUUAUUUAACGUUCUUCUCGUGACUUUGUCCAUAUCCGAGCGACUUUAUCGGCGUGCAGUGAUGUCACGUAGCAGUCAUGUGAUCUAGAACGUGUCGAGCUCUGACUCCGCCCCCUCUGCAUUUCAAGUAGCUUUUAGAGAAAAAAAGUGUAACAACAGUUUGUUUGCGUCCUGUAACGCUGCUCACUUUUAUAAACUCUGUUUUGAUAAUUUGUUUCUAAACUUGAUCAUUUAACCUGAAAAUAAACAGCUGAUGCUCCA